GCAUUCAACAAUUGUAGCCAAAACAAUCUGAUUUCUAAAAACCCAUCCCGAGAUAUCCUCAACUCAUUUAUUAAUUCUUCCGCUCAAAGACUUCAAUCUUUCUCUCUGCAGAGCAAGACGCCACUAAAAUUUCCUUUUCUUCCUCUGCUGAUUUCCUCUAUCUCUCUCCAGAGUGUGAUUCUUGAGAAAAUCAUGGUGGUCUCCUCAAAUCCAAAUGGAUCACCGUCUCCCAUUUCAAGCAGAACGAACCUUAAUUCAAGAACGCAAGAAAGUAGUGGCAUCCGAAAGAGUUUUAGUGGAGAUCCUUUCUCCAAACCAUAUAUCGUUCAAAACCCUAGAGGCUUCAAUCCGGUCACCCCGGUCAACACCCCUGCAGAUUUUCAUCAGAGGAAGUCGAACAAUGGAGAAGGUUUAGUACCAUUGCGGGUUUCCUACGAGCAAAAAGAGAAUGAAAAGAACCAGAUUCUAAAGCCAGCGAGAGUAAAAUCACCAGCCGUUUCAACGGGAACGAAGAGUUUCAUGGCUCCUACGGUUUCUGCUGCUUCAAAAAUCAAUGCAUCACCGAGAAAGAAAGUGUUGACGGAAAGGAACGAACCCGUCAGAACUUCUACUUCAUUUUCUGCAGGGAAAUCUCCCUUCACGGCUAUGAAUCUCGCUGGGUUACCCGAAGAGGUCAGAACAAAGUCAGAAACGAUCUCCGAUUCUAAGGUACACUCAGAAGGCCCCAAAAAAUUUGAUGCGAGUUUAGUGACUCCUGUUCCUGACGAUCUGAUGACCGCUGCCAACCCCGGAGACGAUAGGUCUUCUAUCGCAGUUGCUUUUGUCAAUUCCAAAGUACCCACAAAAACCCUAGACUUCUCAUUGUUUUCACCGGAGCCAAGAACUGUGGACUCCAGAUGUAAUGAUGCGGAUUUGGGUUCGAAGAUUAAGACUUCUCUUUCACCGUCACCUGCUUUAGCUCCUCUAGAUAUGGAUCCAUCUCUUCGUCCUUACGAUCCAAAAACUAACUACCUCUCCCCGAGGCCUCAGUUCCUGCGUUACAAACCCAAUCCCCGGAUUGAAGUUUACCUCAACAAAGAGCGAGUGUUUGAUUCAGGAGAGGGAAAGCGACUUGAAGAACGCUUCUCCUCUGAAAGUAGUUCAGAAACUGAAAAUACUGAAGAAUCCCAAUCUCCUAGCCCUGAAAAAAAAUACGAGGAUGAUGGGUCCUCUGAGAUGAUGUCCGAAGAAGAAGAUAAGAACCAUUUCUCUGUGCCUGAAAUAAACACUACUCAAGACCAAAACCAGGUCCUCCGAGUUAACAAGACCCAGAAGUCGCAGUUCUUGUCAAAAUCCAAAUCCAUCCUUCUUUUGGUUUUUGUGGUUGCAUGCUCUUGCCUUCCAGUAGCCGAAACUCCGACCCACUAUCCCUCCCUGUUUAAAAGUCAGGCCUUCUCUGGGUUUGAUUCCCCUGCUAGAAUUGCUGAACUUGCAAAAACAAAGCUUGAUGUGUUAUCCCAUGAUGUAAAGCUCUGGUCAGUUAGGUCUAUAUCGUACCUUUCCAACAAGCUGAUUUCCUUUUCAAACGAAAUGGAAGAGAUGGGUCUUCUUGAAAUCGUUAAUUCAACUUCUUCGGAUGAAAAGCAUUUGGAUAACGACCAGUGCCAAACUAUAGAUUAUGUUUACAAUGACAGAGGAAGAAUACAAGAUGUUGAAACAGUGGAGAAUGUCAAAGAGGAUAUAGAAAACAUACAAACGAAUGUGGAGUUAGAAGAACAACCACAGCUAAUUGUACAGGCUUUGGAUCUAAAGCCUGAAAUUCUCGACGCAGGGGAGUUCCUGGAAGAAGGUGAUCUUGAUUCUUAUAACAACAUCGAGCCAACCAACCUUGAGGGCGCAGAGAAAUGUAGCAACGCAGAGCUUGAAGAACAAUCACCUCUACUUCCAGAGGUUGGGGAUGUGAAAGCGGACAUUUUGGAAGUGGGCUCACAGGGCGAAAAUGAUGCUGAUUCACGUGGUAACAUGGAACCGGCUAAUGCAGAAGCCACGACCAAAAGCUCUGGUUCAGAUUAUUCACACGGAAAUUUACAGAGUCCGGAUGCACACCAGUCUUCACUUCAAGGAUCAAUUUAUGGUUUUCCAGAACGAGAAGUGCUAGGAAUUUCUUCAAUUGUUUUGACAUUGUUGAUAGCAGCUCUUCUCUAUCUCAGACAGAACAAGGCUUCUGCUCCCAAGGCUGCAGUGCCACAAGUGGUGGAGCAGCCAUUGGAGCAGUUGGCAACAAAGAAGCUGAGCUUGUGCUCGGUAUCGGCUAGCAGCGGCCAUUUAAAUUUGGAGACACCUAUUUGGCCAGCAGAGGUUGAGAAAGUGGGUGAGUCAGGUCCAUCGGAGAUGAGCAGCACCUUCCAUGGAAGUUCAAACCGUCACGAGAAGGCUUCAGAAAGAGCAAGUGAAGUCCAGAGCCAUGAAAGAAAGCCGAAGAGGAGUGCCAAAAGGAGGGAGUCCUUGAACUCUGCGUCAGAGUUCUCUGCUGGGUCCCCUUCAUACGGAAGCUUUACCACAUAUGAGAAAUUGCAGAGCAAACAUAAAUCAGGAGAUGAAGAAAUAGUGACACCAGUCAGGCGUUCAAGCAGGAUCAAGAAUCAGAUUACUUCCCCUUGAAAAUUGUUUUGUUAUUUAGUUUGAGGUUCAUCUGCUACAACAACACGUAUUAGUUUUACUGCAAUUGGAUGUAAUUUUAAACAUUCUAUUGAAAGAAAUGAAGACAGCGUUCAGCUGUUUUCAUUGUUUCUAUUUUCUCCA